CUCCUCUCUGGGAGAUCACCUCAAUUCACCAGCUAACGCCACAGCCUCUGCUAUAACGCGUAGCGCGUCUGCCAAAAACGACAUCCUUCUAACCUUGAGGCUACUCCAUUCAGCCAUUUCGGGUUCCUCACUUCCAACCUGCCAGGCAGGUGGGAAAGCGUGACAAAGACGCUGGAAACACCUCAAGGGACCUGAAAACCCACCAAAAUGUUCAUUGGCAUCUGUGGAAGCAAAUGCGCGGGCAAGAGCACCGUUGCCCAGUACCUGGUAGAGCACCAUGAAUUCAAACGUCUCUGCAUUUCCUCAGGUUUGGAGCCGAAUGGACAAUCGACCACGUCCAGCCUCGAGGAGGCACAACCUAGUCACAUGACUCCAUCAUUGGGGAGCAAGCAACUACCUCUCCGUCUGGCCCAGCAAGCACUCAGCUUCCCUACGGCAGAAGCCCUUCUUGACUUUGUGACCAAGCACUGGCGGGAGCGAUGGAUAACAACCGACAUUCCCGACCAAGAUGCCCUCGACAUGUUCAGCAGGCGCCCAUUCUUCCUGCUCAUCAGCGUGGAUGCCCCGCUAGCCGUCCGGUGGCGGCGUUUCCAGCAGCGAGACCAAAGACAGUCCCAUGCGCAGAGCAACGGGACUGAAUCUUCCCCGGAGCCCCUGCAAGGAGGGAAAGCAAAGGGGACCGUCGCCUCCCUCGAUGCCUUCGUCCUGUACUCGGACGAUCACCUAUACGACGCGAGGACGGGCCACCUUUCAGUCAUGUCGCGGGCGACGGUGCGGCUGCUCAACACGUCGUCCGACCUCGCCCACCUCUACGCCACCCUGGGCAAGGUCGACCUCCUGAACGAGGACCGGCUGCGGCCCGGCUGGGACACGUACUUCAUGGCGCUCGCGUCGCUCGCCGCGCAGCGGUCCAACUGCAUGAAGCGCCGGGUCGGGUGCGUCCUGGUGCGCGAGAAGCGCGUCAUCAGCACGGGCUACAACGGGACCCCGCGCGGCCUGCGCAACUGCGGCGAGGGCGGCUGCGGGCGCUGCAACGAUGGCCAGGGCUCGGGACACGGCCUGGCCACCUGCCUGUGCAUCCACGCCGAGGAGAACGCGCUUCUGGAGGCGGGCAGGGAGAGAAUCCGCGAGGGCGCAAUAUUGUACUGCGAUACGUGUCCCUGUUUGACCUGUAGCAUCAAGAUCACCCAAGUAGGCAUUAGCGAGGUUGUCUUCAGUCAAGGAUACAGCAUGGAUGGAGACACCGCAGCAGUAUUUCGAGAGGCGGGUGUCAAGUUACGCCAGUUCGUACCACCAGCCAAUGGGCUCAUCCACUUAGAACAGACAAAACUAUACCCGUAGCUAGAUAAUAAACACAAUAAUCCGCCCUGCCAUGAUAUCCAAUGAUCAAGAGCACGGAAAGGGGCAUAGAAAUAGCAUAGAAAGC